AGCCUACUUAACCAAAGUGUCUCAGCAGUUCGUAGUUAGCUUAGCAGCACGGUGUUUACUGUCGCCUACAGCUACAAACUUAGCUAACUCAGAUAUAAAGUUAGACCCGACCAAUGUUCAGACAAAGCCAUUUUCAUCCAGACUGUCUAGUUUAUCCUGGCAUCUCUAUGGGGAGGAGUUACACGCGAUGGCUGACCUAAUGGAAAAUGACGGCAUAGAGGAUGAGGCUUUCCCUCCAUUCCCACCACCUCACUCCCCAGGCCAAGGAGGACCAGAGGGGAGAGAUUCUUUGGCAAACGGGGAGGAAGAGGGCGAGCUGUCCAAGCUGGCUGAGGUUCCUGUUGCUAAAAGAAAAGGAGUGAGGAGGCCCCAACCCAAGCUGGACUCUCAGCGGCUAAUCUCAGAACGAGGACUUCCAGCUCUGCGAACUCUGUUUGACAAUGUCCACUUCAGAGGCAAAGGACACGAGGCCGAGAACCUGCGGCUGUUGAUGCAGAAGAUGGAGAACUGGGCCCACAGGCUGUACCCCAAACUGCAGUUUGAAGACUUUAUUGACAAGGUAGAGAAGCUUGGCAACAAGAAGGAGGUGCAGACUUGUCUCAAACGGAUACGACUGGACAUGCCACUGACACAUGAGGAUUUUAUGGAUAAAGAUGGUGACGAAGAGGCAGCACUUGAAAUGCAAGUAUUUGGGGAUCCUGAUCCAUUUAGUGGAACAAGCUUCCCUAGUGACCUAGAUGGGCUGGUCCACUCCACCCCAGCCCCAGCUGCCCCCUCCCUGACUGAGGAGCAGUGCAGAAGAAUGGAGCUGAACAGACAGCGGGCCCUCGAGAGGAGGCUCGCACGGCAGCAGCAAACGGGUCCUUCAGACUCCCAGACUGUUGAUGCACCCACAUCUGUUUCCUCCACAAACACCCUCAACGGUUCUAACACUCAAGAUGAGAAUGUGGAGGGCUUAGACAAGGAGCCAGGUGGCAGCAGCACACAACAACUGCACAACAACCUUGCACAGAAAGACUCUGAGCCUUCAGCUGAAUCCAGUCUUUGUGAGGAAGAGAACGAGUACAACCCGAGCCCUGACCAUCAACCUAGCAGCAGGUGUGAGGGUGGGGAUUAAUACUCAAUGCUGCACACACUCUUUGUGGUUAGGAGUGUCACAAGCUUCAUUUGUAUGAACUUUUUUUUUUCCUCUGUAGCCUGUAAGCAGCUGAUCCAAUAUGUACAAAUGUAGAAUUCCUGUUCAUGUUUUAUUUGCUGCUGGAUAUGGGUAAAUGUACACCUCUGUUCAUGGUGUUUUACAUCCAAACUAGAUUGAUUCCACAUUUUCUGUUGUGGGAUUUUGGCAUGCACAUAUAUGGGUACAGACCUAGGUUAUCAUGGAAUCGAAUAGGGCUGCGCCUAGCCGUUAUUCUGAAGGAUUAUUUAGAUAUCACUCAAUUUUUUUUAAACUUCAGGAAACAGUAAAAAAAAAAAAGAGGUCCAUCAGAGUUUCCUAAAACCCAAACUGAAGUCUAUAAGGUAUUGUUUUUUCCAACCACCAUUAAAAGAUGUUCAGUUUGCUGUCAGGGUAAAAAAAACAGCAAGUACUCUCAUUUAACUGGAAUCCACUGGAGCAUAAACUGAAGAAAUCUGUGGGCAUUUACUGAUAAAGCAGGGAAUAAUCAGUGUCUUUCUCCAGCUGUUCCUAAAAUGCAAAACAUUAACAAUACACUCUUCCUUCCAAAUUAAAUCUGUAUGGCAUAAUGCCUCCUGUACAAUCUCACAGACUUCACAUAAACACACUGGAAGAUGAACAGUUUUCUUAAGUCAAUGUUUAUAAGUCUGUACAGUUUUAACACAAAAUACCUGCGUGUCCAUCAUGCAGGUUACACUCGAGGAGCACACAUCCCAAAAGAUUUUACAGUAGCACUUUCUUACCAAGAGGCAUGGUGGACUACAAUAAUACUUGCAUCACACGUGAUAAAGGCAAACACUAAAAACUUUUUAAAAACCAGAUUUCAUUAAAAAAAAUUGGUGCACUGGAUAUUUUAAGCCUUGAUUAUUAUAACCAGUGUCAGCUUCAAAUCCACCACGGGUUGGGUUACACACUUAAAUACAGUAAAGUACAUUGUUUUCAAAAGUUCAGAAACAUUUAUAAAUGGAUUUGGCGUUUCAGUAACUCUUCAAAUUAAACAUUAGGUUAUAUUAAAAAUCAAUCCCAAUUCAUGUGUUAGUGCAUGUGUAUCAGUAUAGCAUCUCAGGAGUGACAUACACGUUUAAUGUUGCAGUGGGUACACUGUUUUCACUGAGAGUAACUUCACAUCUUUUGGAGACUAUCACCUCAGCAUUCCAUGAACAAUUCUAUAUGUACUGUGACUUUGCCCUAAAAUUAAUUAAAAUUCAUGUUUUAUUA